CGAGCCUGAAAUCGAUUCUCAUUCACGUAGAGAUAUGUGAGGAAUGUGGCUUUUUAAUCCAUGUGGCACCAUCUGACCGGAUCCCUGUGAUCCACAGCUUGACCUCUAUAGAAUUUGAGACCAAAGGAGUAGAGGUUAGUCGUGUGAAUGGAGAAGGAACAUGAAGUGGGCAUGUGUGCUUUGACUAUAAAUGCAUUGCCUUCUCGUCUUCCAACACCACUGAAGCCAUCUCCUGAGGAAUCACAUGUAGGAGGAAGAGACGAACAUCCACAGAUUGUAAUCUGUUUCAUGUGUAUAUGACAACUCCCCCAGUGGCCUUUGGCAACAAUACUUACUUAACUGGAUACAAAAACGAGGAAAAAAGGCAAGGUUUCUUCCUUGAUCCCAACCAGACGACCUUUUCUUCUCAGCUCAGCUGACAUUGUUCUCUGCACCAGACAGCCCGCUCACAUCCAUGGAGCACUACCUAGUGGAUUCGGGACACAAAGAGGACUAUUUGGACUGCAUUGAACCAGCUGUGUUUGAAGCAGUGGAGCCUCUGAAGCUCUCAACAGGAAGGCUAAUCAUGCACAGCAUGGUCAUGUUUGGAAGGGAAUUCUGCUAUGCCGUUGAGGCUGCGUUUGUCACGCCGGUGUUGUUGAGCGUGGGACUCCCCAGACACCUGUACAGCUUGGUGUGGUUCAUCAGCCCUGUUUUGGGUUUUAUCCUACAGCCUGUCAUCGGCUCAGCAAGUGACUACUGUAGGUCCCCAUGGGGCCGAAGGCGACCAUACAUAGUCUUACUUGGGAUUAUGAUGUUAGUGGGCCUUACUUUAUUUCUAAAUGGAGAUGCGGUCACAUCAGCUGUACUAGAGGACAGAAAUGUUAAAAGGACAUGGGCGAUCGUAGUGGUUAUGUUUGGAGUGGUGAUGUUUGACUUUGCGGCAGACUUCAUUGACGGGCCAAUUAAAGCCUAUUUGUUUGAUGUGUGUUCUCAUCGGGAUAAGGAGAGAGGGCUUCAUUAUCAUGCCUUACUCACAGGCCUUGGUGGAGCCUGUGGAUACCUUAUUGGAGCCAUGGACUGGGGUCACUCUGCUCUUGGUGUCCUACUGGGUUCAGAAUACCAAGUUAUCUAUUUUUUCUCAUCACUGACCUGGGGCAUGUUUCUCACCAUGCACCUUUUCAGCAUCCCAGAGAAACCACUAAUCAAAGAUCACAGUUCAGACUCUCAUACACCUGUGCCACUGCUCCUGGAAGACCCACAUCAUAAUGGCUAUGGCACAGUAUACAAAGAUCCACAACCUCUGCCUGAAAUGAGGCAGCGCUCGUUUUCUGCCCUGAGUGAAGCCAAUGCAGUCACACCCAGUGCCAAGCAGCCUAACAGCGAGGUACGGAAGAGAAUGACCCUGAAAUCUCUACUGUCAGCUGUGAUUAGCAUGCCCAGCCAUUACCGCUGUCUGUGUGUGAGUCAUCUCUUGGGCUGGACGGCCUUCCUUUGCAACAUGCUCUUCUUCACUGACUUCAUGGGGCAGAUUGUAUAUAAGGGGAACCCCUAUGCUGAACACAACUCCACCUCCUAUGCGAUGUAUGAGAGAGGGGUUGAAGUGGGAUGCUGGGGCCUGUGCAUCAACGCUGUCUCCUCUGCACUCUAUUCAUAUGUGCAGAGGCUUCUCCUGCCAUAUAUUGGCCUGAAGGGACUGUACUUCCUUGGCUACUUUGUUUUUGGUCUGGGAACCGGUCUGAUUGGCCUGUUUCCAAACAUUGUGGCCACACUGGUGCUUUGCAGUGUAUUUGGAGUCAUGUCCAGCACUCUCUACACCAUCCCAUUCAACCUCAUCUCAGAGUACCACAAGGCUGAAGAGGUGCAAAGGAAACUUGGCAGUGAUGAACCAGCUCUUGAGGGCCGUGGCACCGGCAUGGACUGCGCAGCUCUUACCUGCAUGGUGCAGCUGGGUCAGGUCAUAGUGGGAGCUGGUCUUGGAGCCCUGGUCAAUCUAGCAGGCAGUGUGAUUGUAGUGGUUCUCUCUGCCUCAACAGUAUCCCUAAUUGGCUGUCUCUUUAUUGCUCUCUUCAUGUGAUGUACAGAUUAAGCCUCAAAUAAACACCCUUUCUCUA